ACUCGCGCAUCAGGGAGUGCCGCCGAAGCCGUUCGUUCUGCCGUGGCGUCGUCUUCUCAUCAUCAUCCUCCUCGUUGUUGUUGUUGUUGUCCUCGUUGUUGUUGUUGUUUGUUUGGAGGGAGGGAGGGAGGAGGCUCGUGAAGGACACCGCUACUGCCGGGGCGGUUGGAAGGCAGUUGUUUCUCCCAGCAGCAGCAGCAGCAGCAUCAUCAGCAGCACCAUCAACAGCAGCAUCAGCAGCAGCAUCAGCAGCAGCAUCAACAGCAGCAGCAGCAGCAUCAGCAGCAUCAACAGCAGCAGCAGCAUCAACAGCAGCAGCAGCAUCAGCACCAUCAGCAGCAGCAGCAUCAGCACAGCAUCAGCAGCAGCAUCAGCAGCAGCAUCAGCAGCAGCAUCAACAGCAGCAACAGCAUCAGCACCAUCAGCAGCAGCAGCAGCAGCAUCAACAGCAGCAACAGCAGCAGCGGCGGAGGAGCGACGCUCACAACAGCGGGCGGAUAAAACGCACGCCGGCGCCGCCGCGCGCCCCGACACACGCGGCCGUCAUGAAGUCGCUGGUGGCGUUCGACUUCGACCACACGCUCAUCGACGACAACAGUGACAUGUGGGUGCUGCGCUGCGCCCCCGGCGGAGAGCUGCCGGAGCGCUUGGAUUACCGCGGCGACGACGACGGCGUCGGUGGCGGCGUCGGCGGCACCUGGACGGAUCACAUGAACCGGGUCCUGCGCUACCUGGGCGAGGAGGUGGGCGUCACUGCCGCCGAGAUGCGGGCCACCAUUGAGGCCGUGCCGGACACGCCGGGCAUGCCGCAGCUCCUGCGCUUCCUGGCCGACCACCCCGAGCAGUUUGAGUGCGUCAUCGUCUCGGACGCCAACUCGGCCUUCAUCGGCUGGGUGCUGGAGUCACGCGGGUGCCGCCCCCUCUUCCGCGAGCUUCUCACCAACCCGGCGAGCGUCGACGCCGGCGGCUCGCUGGUGCUGCUGCCGUUCCACGGCGGCGGCGGCGGGCGCCAGCACGGCUGCUCCCGCUGCCCCGCCAACAUGUGCAAGCGGGCGGCGCUGCGGUCGUUUGUGGAGCGGCACGGCGGGUACGGGCGCGUGAUCUACGUCGGCGACGGCGGCAACGACGUGUGCCCCGCGCUGGCGCUGCUGCCGGGCGACGUGGUGCUGCCCCGCCGCGGGUACCAGCUCGAGAGGGCGCUGGCGGCGCUGGAGCAGGCCCAGCCCGGCGCGGUGCAGGCCACCGUGGUGCCGUGGGAGUCGGGGGAUGAAAUACUCGAGCACGUUCGGGCGCUCGCGCAGGGCGCCGCCUUGUAGCGGCGGCGGCGGUUGCGGUGGCGGAGAGGUGUGAUGGUGAGCGUGGCGGUGGUCGUUUGUAGCGGUGGUGACGAUGGUGGCGGCGGUGGUGGAGCGGAGUGACGGUAGCGGUAGCAGUGGCGGUGGCGACGGUGGCGGUCGCGGUGAUGCCGCCAUCGUGCGUUGGGGUGUGAACCGUUUUACCGAACAACCGAAUGGUCGAACAGACAAAUGAAGGAGAGGAUAAUUGUACCUGCUUGUGCGUGCAUUCUGUUUAUUGUAUGCGCCUAAGCAAAGUGGUCCCGCUGUGUUGGGGACGAUGUUAAACCAGUGGUUUUACGAUGUGUUGGGGACGAUGUUAAACCAGUGGGUUUACGAUGUGUUGUGGACGAUGUUAAACCAGUGGUUUUACGAUGUGUUGGAGACGAUGUUAAACC